AUGGCCUCAGCGAAGCUCCUGGCAAUGAUGUGGGAGGAGGUAACAUGCUCUGUCUGCCUGGAUCCCUUCGUGGAGCCUGUGAUCAUUGAAUGUGGCCACAGUUUCUGCCAAGGAUGCAUCUCUGAGGUCGGGAAAGAUGGCGGCAGUAGUUGCCCUGUGUGCCGGCAGAAAUUCCUGCUCAGGAGCAUCCGGCCCAAUCGGCACCUGGCCAACAUGGUGGACAACCUUAGACAAAUGGACCAGAGCACCAAGGAGGACGUGAAGGGGGAUCAGUGUACGGUGCAUGGAGAGAAACUUCACCUGUUCUGUGAGAAAGAUGGAAAAGCACUUUGCUGGGUGUGUGCCCAGUCACGGAAACACCGUGACCACUCCAGGAUCCCUAUUGAGGAAGCUGCACAUGAGUACCAGGAGAAGUUCCAGGUGGCAUUACAGAAGCUGAGAAGAGAGCAGGAGUUAGCUGAGAAGUUGGAAGUCGAUAUUGCUGAGAAGAGAGCAGCCUGGAAGGCAAGGGUUGAGAUGCAAAAAUCAAGGAUUCACGCAGAGUUUGUGCAGCAGAGAAACUUCCUGGCUAAAGAAGAAGAGAGGCAGCUGCAGAAACUUGAGAAGGACGAGAGAGAUCAGCUCAGAAUCCUGGGGGAGGCUGAGGCCCAACUGGCCCAGAAAAGCCAGGCCCUGCAGGAGCUGAUCUCAGAGCUGGAGAGGAGGAGUCGGGGCCCAGUACUGGAACUGCUUCAGGACGCUAAAAGUAUCCUGGAAAGGAGUGAGGCCUGGAACCUGAAGGAGCUAGGCGUUGCCUCCCCAGACCUGAGGAAUGACUUCCGUGUGCCAGGGCUGAAGAAGAUGCUGAGGACAUAUGGAGUACACGUCACUCUGGAUCCAGACACAGCCAAUCCGUGGCUCAUCCUUUCUAAGGAUCGGAGACAAGUGAGGCUUGGAGACACCUCCCAGGACUUGCCUGAAAAUGAAGAGAGAUUUGAUAGUUAUCCCAUGGUCCUCGGUGCCCAGCACUUCGACUCUGGAAAGCUUUACUGGGAGGUAGACGUGACCGGAAAGGAAGACUGGGACCUGGGGGUUUGUAGACACUCUGUCAAGAGGAAGGGACAAUUUACGCUCAGCCCUGAGAAUGGCUUCUGGACAAUUUGGUUGUGGAACAAACAAAAAUAUGAGGCUGGCACUUCCCCCCAGACUUCCCUCUACCUUAAGGUGCCUCCUCGCCAAGUUGGGAUCUUCCUGGACUAUGAGAACCACACCGUCUCCUUCUACAACAUCACUGACCAUGGCUCCCUUAUCUACACUUUCUCUGAAUGUGCCUUUGUUGGGCCUCUGCGGCCCUUCUUCAAUACUGGUUUCAGUGACGGAGGAAGAAACGCGGCCCCUCUGACCCUGUGUCCACUGCAGCUGGGAUGGUAGGGGUCCGCUGACCAUUGGUCUCUUCUGGACACUGCUGUCUGCUCCCUGUUGAUACCCUUCCCAGUUACUGCCCCUGCCUCUUUCCAUUAACUGAGCCACCUCUGCCUCUGCAGAAGUGUCAGCAUCCCAGCAAGCAGGCCUUGACAGGAAAGUCACUGAAAGUCAAGGCCCAGUGGCUUUCAACAGCAAUAUUCCUGCCCUAGAUUGCAUAUGAUUCCCUCCAAGGAGGCCAACUACUUCUAUUUGGUCCAAAUUCAUCUGGAUCAACCAAAAACAUGUUUCUACCUUGUUUAUGUGACUUAAAUUUUGUUUUCUUCUCUUCAUCCCUACAGCCAUUGCCUUUGGUCAGAUCUCUGUUCUAUCUAGGUUUACCAAGAGGCUUCCUGAGGGAAUUAUGCCUCAGUCUAUCCCAUUCAGAGCUCAUUUCUCGUCUACAUCUAGAAUUCUCUUUCCAACAGACACGCACCUGAUCAUAAGUGGCUCCACAUUGCCUAUAGAAAAAUAGCCAUAUUUUUAAAUUAAGGCUAAAUUAUGCAGGCCUUAGAUUGCCAUGGUAAAUAUGCAGCCUGUUGUGCACCCAAACCUCCCCCCACCCCCGCCACCCCGCCACACACACGGACACCUUAAACCUUAAACAUGAAAUAUUUGCUACUGUAAACAUGUUUAAUAUUGAUGUGUCUUUGACAUUGUACACAGUGUUUUUCCUGCCUGGAUCAUUCUCCCUUCUUCUACACUUGGAAUAUUUGGUCUUGGAUUGUGAGACCCAGGUCAAGAGUCCCUUUUGUUACUCCCUGUCUUAGUUACAUAUUGCUGCUGUUACAGAAAUACCAUAAGUAAAUGGCUUUAAAGAAUAGGAAUUUAUUUUCUCAUAAUUCUGCAGGCUAAAAGCUCAAAUCAAGGUCUCAGCCAUAUUGAUUUCUUGUCAAUACCCCUGGACAUUCCUUGGUUCCUUGGCGUUCCUUGGCUUGUGAACAAUCCUCACACGGUGUCUGUCUUUCCCCGUGUGUGUGUUUUUUUCUCAGAAGUGAUUAGAUUUAGAACCCACUCUACUUGGAUAUGACCUAAUUAACAAUGAAGAAAACCCCAUUUCCAAGCAUGAUCACACCCACAGGUACAAGGGCCAGGAUUUAACACUUUCAAAUAUUUCUAAAGAUUUACCUCCUAGUAAAUCUUUCGCAGGAGGGUAUUUGAAGAUAAGCACCACCAAAAUGAGGGAAGAAGCCAAAAAUAGAGAAACAUGGGCUGCAACUAAGAAACUGAUACAAAGAGAUACAAUACAGGAGAGGGUGUAGGCUGCGACCAAAAAAGAACCAAACCCAGUGCCAUCAAGUCGAUUCCGA